AUGGUGAGAGAUUUAAAAAAGGUGAAACACCUGAGAGAGCUGGAUCUGAGUAACAAUGACCUGAAGGAUUCAGGAGUGAAGCUGCUCUCUGCUGGACUGGAGGAUCCACACUGCAGACUGGAGAAACUCAAUGUGGAACAUGGUGGAGAGAACAGAAUGAAUCCUGGGAUUAGAAAAUAUGUCUGUGAUCUCACACUGGACCCAAACACAGUAAACAGACACCUCUCUCUGUCUGAGGAGAACAGAAAGGUGACAUGGAGGAGAGAGGAACAGCCGUAUCCUGAUCACCCAGAGAGAUUUGAUGGCUGUGGACAGGUGCUGUGUAGAGAGGGUCUGACUGGGCGCUGUUACUGGGAGGUAGAGAGGAGUGGGGGAGGGGUUGGUAUAGGAGUGACAUAUAAAGGAAUCAACAGGAGAGGAGGGGAUAAUGACUGUUGUCUUGGAUACAAUGACAAGUCCUGGAGUCUGUUCUGCUAUGACAACAGUUACUAUGCCAGUCACAAUAAUAAUCUCACUACCAUAGACGUCCCCUCCUCCAGCUCCCACAGAGUAGGAGUGUAUCUGGACUGGCCAGCCGGCACUCUGUCCUUCUAUAGAGCCUCCUCUGACACACUGACCCACCUGAUCACAUUCACCUCCACAUUCACUGAGCCCUUCUAUCCAGGGUUUAGGGUUUGGGGUGAUGGUGACUCAGUGUCCCUGAAAUAACAACAGUGUCAAUAAUAACCUGACACACACACACACAGGACACACACACACAGGACACACACACACAGGACACACACACACACUGGACACACACACACACUGGACACACACACACAC